AUUGGAUUUCUCAGUUGAUAUGAUUCAUGUCCAGCUAAUUAUAUAAAUGACCCCGGGUGGUUGCACACAACACGGAGACACAAAAUCAAGUGAGACUAAUUCCGCCUCCAUGGAUAGUAAGGACUUCUCAAUUGGAGUGGUUGGUGGACAUGGCCCAAACAGUUACUUCAACAAUUCCAUGUAUCAGCGACGAGCUGGGAAUGAAGCCAUGGAAAUAAUUGAUGAGGUGAUUACGAAGAAGCUAGAUAUAAAGUCCUUUUGUGAUUCUUCUACUUCAAGAACAAUUCGUCUGGUCGAUAUGGGCUGUGCAGUAGGACCAAAUACAUUUGAAGCAAUGCAAGGCCUAAUAGAAAUCAUAAAAACCAAGUACAAAACUCAAUGCCCCAACUCUCCAUUAAUUCCUCAAUUCCAAGUGUUCUUCAAUGAUCAAUCGACGAACGAUUUCAACACCCUCUUCGCCUCUCUGCCUCAAGAAAGAGAAUACUCCGUAGCAGGCGUGCCGGGUUCCUUCUACGGUCGAUUGUUCCCGGACUCGUCUCUUCAUGUUGUGUAUACAAGUUAUUCACUGCAUUGGCUCUCCAAGGCCCCUCAAGUGUUGCAGGACAGAAACUCUCCAGCAUGGAACAAAGGCAGGAUUCAUUACACAAGUGCAGGAGAGGGUGUGGUUAGUGCUUAUGCAGCUCAAUUUGCUCAAGACCUUGAUGCCUUCUUGAAUGCUAGAGCUAAAGAGGUUGUUGGUGGAGGGAUGAUGGUGAUUAUAAUUUGUAGUGUCUCUGAUGGGAUUCCUUAUUCUCAACUUUAUAAGGGUUUGAUGUUUAAUGCUAUGGGGUCUAUCCUUUUGGACAUGGCCAAACAGGGAAAAGUGAGUGAAGAUGCAGUUGACGCAUUCAACAUGCCGAUAUAUGAUUGUUCUCUUGGGGAAUUCGCAGCCAUAGUUGAAAGAAACGGGAGUUUCAGCAUCGAAGCAAUGGGACUAAGAGACCCUGCACCGUGGUUGAAAGUCCCCGUCGAUAUCCCGGAGGUAGUAGUGCACACAAGGGCUUCAUGCGAGGGAAUGCUUAAAAAGAACUUUGAAAUUGAGAUUAUUAAUGAAUUGUUUGAUCGGUUGAUCCAACAACUCUGCAAGAUUUCAGAUCAAGUAGACUCUGGUUCCAAAGGAAAAAAACUCAGGCCUAUUUUGUGUUGCAACGUAAAUGAUCCAUUGAUUGAGAUUGGGAUUUGUUGUGAUUUCCAGGACAUACCACAAGAUAUAUUCAGAAACAAUGUGUUUGUGGUUCAAAUUUAUUUAGAUCUCACAACACUACAACAAUAACUACUAGUUCUGAGGUUUAUUUUGACAUUU